AUGACGUUCAACUUCAGCUCGGACUUGGUGUGCUACUCCCUCAGCAUGAACAACAACGUGCCCACCUCCACACUAGACAUGAACCACUACUACCCGUACCGCCAGCAGAACGGCACGGCAGACCAGCCGCAGCCGCUGGGCCCGCCAGCUGCGCCAUCGCAGCAGCAGCGCAGUGGCGCUCAGGCAAACCCGCCGCAGGCACCGGCAUCGGUAGCAAAGAAACCGUCUAAACUCGACGUGCUGAUCCAAACAGCAACCUCCGUGGACCUGGAUUCGUUUCUGCCGUCCACCAUCUCCUCCAAUGAGAAAAAGAGAAAGCUGUCCUCCUCGUUCAAUUUGGAGUACCUUUGCAACCAGGCAGAGAAAGAGCUUAACUCCUCGUGUUCAUCCGCGUCGUCCUCUUCAUCCUCCUCCUCAUCCUCAUCGUCGUCCUCUCUGGCCUCCGUCUCAGAGCUCUCGAAACUCCAGAGCCAGAGCGGCCAGCAGUUGAAAAAAGCAAACAAAAAGUCCAACCGAAAAAAUUCCAUCUCCACCAAGGGCCCAAAGGCGAAUCUUCACCAACCACACCAAAAGCAUGUUCCACCUCGAUCUGCAGACCUCAGCCAACAACAGCAGCCGUCGGCUGCAUCAACAUAUGGUGCCGCUCCUAACCCUCUAGCAAUCAAAUUGGCGUCUCCUUCCACCCACACAAAGAGACAGAGAUCCGGACCUUCGUGUGAUUGUUGCCGCUCUCGUAAAAUCAAGUGUGACUCCGAGAUUUUCAUACUGUCAGCGCUGGAUACGAUCAAUCUCGCUGAAAACGUCAAGCCAAAAGUCAUCAAUUCUCAUAUAGCCCAUUGCGACUUCAUCUCCAUCAACCCUAAAUCCGGCUACCAGUACUACAAAAUCAUCAAGGACGAAGAGCAUGCCCUCAACAACAAGCUGACAUCGUUCAACUAUUUGCAAUUCAAGCCCUGCUCCGCUUGCAUGUCCAAAAAGCUGAAGUGUUGCUUCUCAAAGGGUUUCACCAGAAACGAUAUAAUCAAAUUCAACAAAACCGAGAAGAUGAACGGUACUCCUAACACUUUCCCUUUCACGAGUGCAACCCCAACGGCUGAUUCCUCGGUCUUGCCAUCUCCUUCAACAAGCAUACCGGCUUCUCCACCUUCAUCUGCAGCAUCCUCAUCUGCUUCAAUCCCAACAUCAACGUUCCCGUCCUCCCAAACCUGCUCUUUUUCGGCAUCGGGCCAAGAUAAUACCUCUUUGCCAAGCAAUUCCCAAAUUUCUGUCAAGCUCGAAGUUCCUGGCGAUUCUUCGUUUAUCUCCGCCUCUAAAUCUAUUUCGUCUGCUUUACCUACUCCUUCACCAACACCGGCAGUGCUGAAUAACAACAUCCUUUCCUCCUCAUCCAAUGCAGCUGCCAUCCUGCAGACCACCUCUUCUUCCCCUUCUGCCCCACAUCUAGCGGUGCCGAAUGGCAUGGCCGUUGAUCGGGCUCUAAUUUACACCCCUCAUCUUCGUGACUCAUCUUCAUUGGACAUGGUGAAGCAUGAGUCUCAACCUCAAACUCAGCCUCAAUUUCAACCUCAGUUUGGGAAAUUUAAUGAAUCCUUGAAACCUCCAAAGUCAACAGAACUUAAGGAUAAGGAAAAGGAAAAGGAGAAGGAAUUAGAAAAGGAAAGAAAGUCAUCGAAAAAGACAUCAUGCAAAACAUGCAGGUUCAAGAAGAUUAAGUGUGUCAAAAUCGACGGUUCUGACAGAUGUGUCUAUUGUAAUAAAAAAAGUAUUUGCUGUUUAUUCGAAUAA